CCAAACCAGGUCCCACUUUCCUCGAGAAAAGAUUCCAGUUCCACACCUCAUAUUUUUCACAAAACCCAAAUAAAAAUCAUUACUUUGAUGAGAGUUGAGAGAGAAAGAUAGAACCUUGCGACAAAACUCUCAUAUCUACAGACACGUUACCCGCCCCACAAAAACCACAUUUAUCCCUCCCACACACAAAAACCAAACCUUGAUUUGCUUCGUCUUCUGUUUUCCACAAUAAAAAAAUGGAAAAAGGUUCUGCCUUUAGGCAGAACAGAACAGAACCAUUUGUAGCUAAAACUAAACAUUGAGCACCCUCUUUCUUUCGGUUCAUUUGGGAAGUUCCUCGUUUUUGGCAAUUUUGUUUUGGGUUUUUUUUGUUCCAUCGAAUGAAGUGUGUUGUUGAUGUAUCUCAGUGCAUUAAUAAUACAAGUACAGGUACAGCUAUAUCUGAUGGAUGAGGGUACUGCUAACAAUACUACUUCCACUACUACCGGCAAGGAUUACUACAAAGUGUUGGAGGUAGAUUAUGAUGCAACUGAUGAGACAAUCAGAAUGAAUUACAGAAGGCUUGCUUUGAAAUGGCAUCCUGACAAACACAAGAAUGACAGUGCUAUUACAGCUAAGUUUCAAGAGAUUAAUGAAGCUUACAGAGAACCCGUUGACGCAGCAAGAAGUUCGACAAGCCAAAACUAUAUAAAUCGGCAGCUUCAGACAACACCAAAUCACCGAAGUCCAUAAUGAUGUCUCAAACAAGUGACCCUUCGUUUCAUAUAUGAAACAGUCUUAGCAGAGAUUGGGGAAUGUUUUUGUACUAAAAAUGCUUUAGUUUUGUGCUGCUGUUGUGUUGUUAUGUACAAUAUAGCUGCAUGGAUGUGGUGAGAUCAUUUUUGAUCUCCUUUCUUUGUAUUCUUCAUUAUAUUAAUACAAAGAAGUUUCAUUUUUUUUUAAAAAUGUCAUUGUGGCUUAAAGGUCUAUCUAUGAUUGACAUGUAGAAUUGAAAGACAACAUGAAAUACCUCUCAGAACAUUCAGAAGUAGUACUGGUCUAGAAUAUAGCUCUGUGGAUAGGUGUUUGCAAAUGAUUUAAUGAAGUUGCAUCAUCUGUAUU